AUGGCGAACACACGAAUCACGGUCAUUGGAGUUUCCGUCCUAACAUACCCUUCGCAAACGCUCGGCCUCCCUCCUCAUGUCUCGCCAUAUGCCGUAGAUCACAAGACCUCUGACUUCUCGCCCAAGUCGUUGAAAGAGGCCUUCGAAGGCCAAGACCUCGUCAUCAGCACCAUGUCUGGUGGCGACUUUGAGCUACAGAUCUCCAUCAUAGAUGCUCUGGUUGCUGCAGGUGUCAAGCGAUUUAUUCCACACGAGUUUGGGCACGACACUUUGAGCCAGGGCAUUCAAGCGCGAAUACCAAAAUAUGCGGGCCGGGCAAAAGUGCUGGAGCAUCUUCAGAACAACAUCUCCCCAGCCACCCCGGGCUUUGACUGGAUUGGCAUCGCCACUGGCUACAUUCUAGACGCGAGUCUGAUCCGCGGCGAUAUGGGCUUCGAUAUGAAAUGGCAUAGUGCGACCAUCCAUGGUAUCGGUACUGAACCUUUUGCCGCCUCCAGUCUCGAAAGAGUCGGACAAGUAGUGGUCCAAGUGGUCCAACAUUGGAGUGACAUCAACAGUCACUACAUUUACGCUGCAGGAAUCAUCACAUCAGCCAACGAGGUCCUGAGGGCCGCCGAACGGGCUACUGGUCAAGAGUGGACUGUUGGAAACCACGACGUACAAGACGGUGUGAGAGAAGGCAUGUCCAGAAUCCAACGUGGCUUCCCAGAUGCUGGUCUGGCUUUGCUGGAAAGGAGCAUUCUAUACGACGAAGAGUUAAAUGCAUCGGCACCGUUCCAGUCACAAAGCUCAAACGGCGUUUUGCAAUUGCAACCAGAGUCGGUCGAUACCAUCGUCCAGACAGCUUACCACGAUCUUCAAGAGCAUGGCAAGCCAGGCUGUGGAUGUUCAUCGUAG